CCUUCUUGACUUCGACCAAUCAUUUCAUUAUGUUUAGAACCGUACCAAAAUUAAUAAGAUAUACAGGAAGAAUAUUUGUAGACGCAUCUAAGAGUGUACCAGAAGCACCAGCUCAGCGUGUCAAGGCUUCUACUAGAAUCACUGGUUUAGCGGUACACCCAGAUCCUUUAUCAGCAUUGGCUGAGACUUACUCGAGCACCUUAUCCCUCCUUCAAGAAUUUCCUAGCACUUCAGUCUACAAGAACAGUUUAGAGACACUCACAAAGCAUCGCUUAAGUGAGGUCGUCAAGGCAAACGAAUCUGGUGUUACCCCAGAAGCUAUAGAGACCGAAUUCAAAGGGGAUUACGCAGGUUUAUUAGGAAAUCCAGCUGUUCAGCUCGAGGAAGUGUUAGUAGAGGCAGAAAAUGAGCUCGGUUUAGCUGCCAAGAUGUUAGAAUGGAAAGCUUGGGAACCACUACAAGUGCAGCCACCAAAGGACCAGUGGAAAAAUCCAUUCGCUGUAGACGCUAGCAAAUCUAUUGACGAAUAAUUGUACACGCUAUACAUUUCUACUGAGUAUCUAGAUGACUAAUACACCCCUUGAAUGACUAAUAUACCCCUUAAUCUUCUACUACGAUCAACAAACAGAAACCUUCAAUGUCUACUUUUAGACAACUUAAAAUAUAUCAAACUGGAGGUCUUGAUAAGCUCGUACUCGAUGAUAAAUCUACACUCAAACCAUUAGGCCCACACAGUCUCAAUGUGAAGGUUUCUUACGCAGGCGUUAACUACAUAGAUACUUACUUUAGAUCAGGAUUAUAUCCCGUCCCUCUCCCCUUUAGUCUUGGUCAAGAAGGCGCAGGAAGGAUAGUCGAAGUUGGCUCAGAAGUUACCCAAUUCAAACCUGGCCAAUCCGUAGCCUUUUACAGCCCAGGGUCACUCUCAGAGUAUCAGCAAGUUGAUCAGUCUAAGGCUGUUUUGCUUGAUAGGCUCAAUGUCACUGAGAAGGUCGCUGCGACUGGUCUUUUGCAAGGUCUUACUGCAUGGACCUUCCUCAGAGAAGCCUACCAGGUUAAGAAAGGUGAUAAGAUCCUUGUACACUCUGCAGCUGGGGGUGUCGGUCUCCUUUUGGUUCAACUGGCAAAACAUCUUGGUGCUUACGUCAUUGGUACAACAUCUACACCAGAAAAAGCACAAUUAGCAAAGCAGAAUGGUGCAGACGAAGUCAUCUUAUACACUAAGGAGGAUACUGUAGCUCGUGUUCUAGAAUUGACAAAUGGUGAAGGUGUAAUUGCAAACUAUGAUGGUGUCGGUAAAGAUACAUUCGAUCUUGCAUUUGAAGUUGCUGCUAGACGAGGUACUAUUAUCUCGUUUGGAAAUGCAUCAGGCGCUGUUGAACCAUUUAGCAUUUUAAAACUCACAGCAAAGAAUAUCAAAUUACUCAGGCCCUCUGUUAUGAAUUACAUAGCGACAGCCGAAGAGUUGAAUAAGUACGCAUCUGAGUUGUUCGACUUAAUUGGUAAAGGCGUUGUAAAGUUGCACACUCAUGGAGUCUAUGACUUCACCAUUGACAGUUUGAGGCAGGCUCAAGCAGAUAUAACUUCCCGCAAUACCACAGGAAAACUUAUUGUUAAGGUCUCCGAUGAGUAAUUGUACACCCGUAAAAUAUUUUACGAUUGGAAUGAAGACAUUUGAGAG